CCAAAUGUGGGUAUGUGUGCCUGAACCAUUCUAGCAGAAGCUAGAGAGCUGUUCUCCCAAGAAGUAGCUGCAAAUCUUCAGCAACAGCUUAAAGAAAAGUAAGAACUGCUAGGGAGAGGGGGAAGCUGUUGUUUGGAAGGUCUGUAUGUAAGAGCUCAGAAUAAGGCUUUUAGGUCAUAGAUGAUAUAAAAAUGGAAAUGAUGCAUCACUGCACCUGAGCAGUGGGACUUGUCCAGUUUAUCCAGAUUGACAGCAGUACUGUGUGUCUCAUUCCACCCUUACUGCCAUGACUUAAGUGGAUUUUAUCAGGAGGAAAAAAAAUGGACUGGAUGUGCAGAAGAUGCAACAAAACUUUCUCAGACAUCUGUGGAGCUUCUCAGUAGUCCCAAGCAGACUCUUGCAUAUGAGUUUAAUUUUUUGAGAGAAACCUUUGUAAAGGGCUAAAUAAACAAGAUCUGUACAUACAGAAAGUUUUUACUUCCUCUUCACUCCUCUGCACUUGAGACGCAACUAAACUUGUCUGUCUGUUCUUGUGUAUUCCAGUAGGAGCCUAUCAGAGGACUGCAUUGAUUUGAAGCAAACUCUUCAUUAACAAGGAAAUCUGAAGACUUUUAUAGCAAAUCCGUCAGUGUCAGAAUGAACACAGAUAGCGGUGGUUGUGCUCGCAAACGUGCUGCAAUGUCUGUCACAUUAACAUCUGUGAAGAGGGUUCAGAGCUCUCCAAACCUACUGGCUUCAGGAUCUGAUUCUCAGUCUCCAGAUUCAGCUUGGAGAGCUUACAAUGAUGGAAGCAGAGAGACACUGAAUGGAGACAUUAGCAGUUCAUCUCUUACAGCAAAAGGUUUUAGAAGUGUGCGGCCAAACCUACAGGACAAAAAAUCACCAACUCAGGCACCUCUGCCACCUCCUAGAAAAGAAAGCUUUCAGAAAGCAAGAGUAACUAAUCACAAGAAUGCAAUUAAUCUCCAGACAGUAACAACUGAGCCAGCUAAACACCCUCCUACAGAUACUGGCUAUUACACUAACGAGAAGUCUGCCCAGAAGAUAAUAUCUUCUCAGAUAUCUAACACGAAUGUGUCCUAUGUACAAACAAUCACUAAACCGCUGUCCGCUAUCUCCAGUGCAGGCACAAGCACAGUAGCUGGUAUUAGUGCCACUCUCCAUCAAGGCCAAACGCAGCAGUCUCAAAAGCGGAGGGUGUCUACCCUUAAAUUAACCCGGACACAAGACCCAGCAAGUGGUGUUCACUGUAAUAUACAGCAACAGCUCAAGCCUGUUGAAGUGCCAAUAUUUUCACAAAGGCCUGUCUCACCUGCCUGUAACCCCAUGUCUGAGAUACACACAGCAUCUCUUUCCAUUCAGAUAGCUCCCAUCCCUGACAAUAAUGCAGAGCCUGAAAUCCAAGAACAUCCACCUAGUAUUUCUCCAGACACUUCAAAGAUGUCUUCAAAGGAUGUGGGACAAAAGUCUACAGUUCUUCCUUCUUCACAGGCUGCAGAAUGCCAUGUGCUUGGAAACCAGAAAGUAACUGCCCCUGUGAUGGAGGUAAAUGCUUCACAGACACACAGACAAACAACAACAGAAGCUUCUCCACUGCCUCUUCCUCCUCCUGUGGUACCAGUUAACAGAGCCUCUUUCUCACCAGACAGUGGCACCCAUCUAGUACCAUAUUCUUUGCCAACGCUUGAUGAUUUUUCACGCUUUUAUAAAACCCCAGCCCUUUCACUAUUUUCAUAUAAAUGCCCAUUCCUAGCUUCUGAAAAUACUAUCCACAAGAAUGAAACAGCCUCUGUAAGCACAGAUUCUGCCAUGAGUGAGUGCUCCUCCCGCACGAGUGAGUCCUCCACAGUCAUUCUAGAUGAGCUGCAGACUUGUAGCUAUGAUACUACUGACUGCUCUGAAACACCUUCCCCAACCUUGAGCCAGAUGUCUGCUGUGUCAGAUGGCACCACCUUAACCAACACUGCCGCCACUUCCAAUGCUCAGAUCACAGUGAAUGGGAACUCUGGCACUGCUGCCAGCCCAGUGAGUCACUUUCAAAGGCCUUUUUCCCCUUCUUCCGCUUACUCUCCACCAGCUUCUCUCAAUUCCAACCUUGUUAUCAUGCAGCAUGGCAGGAUGAUGGAGUCCACAGAGACAUACUCGCAACAUGUUGGCAGCAGCACCACCACCAGUACAAUACCAAUCUGUAAAUCCUUAGAGGAAGAAAAAAAAAUUACAGUCAUUAAAGCUCCACAUUAUGCAGGGAUUGGCCCAGUGGAUGAAUCUGGAAUCCCUACAGCAAUUAGAACGACAGUUGACAGGCCAAAGGAUUGGUACAAGACAAUGUUCAAGCAAAUCCAUAUGGUACAUAAGCCUGAUGACGACACAGACAUGUAUAAUACUGCAUAUUCAUACAGUACUGGUGGCUACAGUCCAUCCUUCUCUGCUCAGGCACACCCAGCUGCAAAGACACAGACAUACAGACCGUUGUCUAAAAGUGCUUCUGACAGCAGCUCCGAUGCCUUUAAGGUCUCAUCUCCUUUACCACCCCCACAUGUGCCACCCCCAGUCCCUCCGCAUCGUCUGCGGGAGAGGUCUAUACCAGAAAAAAAUGACUGGGAUCCCCCUGACAGAAAAGUAGAUACUCGCAAGUUCCGCUCAGAACCAAGAAGCAUUUUUGAGUAUGAGCCAGGAAAGUCAUCAAUCCUUGAACACGAAAGGCCGCCUGAUCGCAUAAACCCAGAUGACAUAGAUUUAGAAAAUGAACCCUGGUAUAAGUUCUUUUCAGAACUGGAGUUUGGACGUCCGCCACCUAAAAAGCUUUUGGACUAUGUUCAAGACAGUUCUUCCGGUGUUUCCAAUGAGACUUCCUUAUAUCAUCACUCUUCAACAGACAGAGGCCUGGACAGGCCUUCCAGUUCUGCAAGUACUGCGAGUGACUAUAGGAAAAGGAGGAAGUCAGAACCUGCUGUAAGUCAUCAGAGAGCACACAGUGAUCAGAAUGCAAACAGGCCCAGCCUGGGCCGUACAGAUAUGCAAGGCCCAUACACCACCCUUAGAAAGCCUUUAACUAGCUCGUCUCCUUCUUCUCCAUCACGAGCAAAAGGUGGGGAUAUUAGCAAAGUAUAUCCAUCCCUCCUCAGUUAUUCAGUGCACAACCACAACACCUCAAAUGAAUUAGAUUACUGUAGCACUUACAGACAACAUUUAGCUGUUCCUAAUGAUUCAAGGAGGGCAAUCAGCUACAAGAAUGGCUGGCAAAUGACUCGACAAAAUGCAGAAGUAUGGAGCAGCACAGAAGAAACCACUUCUCCAAAGAGAAAAUCUCGUAGCUGUGAUGAUCUUUUAACAGAUGAUCGGGAUGGCUUUCCCGAUGCACAGGCCAAGUCUGAAAGCAUGGGCUCUCUUCUAUGUGAGGAGGAUGCUAAAGAGGUUUGCUCAAUGAACUGGGCAUCCCCAUAUGCACCUGAGGGCCGUGGUGGUGGUAGGGCAAGAGUUCGUCACAGAUCUGCGCACGAUGCCCCAGGUUUCCUUAAAAUGUACAAAAAGAUGCAUCGUAUCAAUCGCAAGGACUUGAUGAACUCUGAGGUGAUCUGUUCUGUGAAGUCCAGAAUACUGCAGUAUGAAAAAGAACAGCAUAAAGGUAUCCUUCAGGGCUGGAGAGAAUCUUCUACGGAGGAGGUGCCCAGAGAUAUGGUGCCAACCAGAAUAUCGGAAUUUGAAAAACUAAUUCAGAAGUCAAAAUCAAUGCCAAAUCUAGGUGAUGAAAUGUUGUCAAACAUUACACUAGAGCCUCCUAAAAAUGGUUUAUGUUCACAGCGGCGAUUUUCUAUCGAGUCUCUGCUGGAGGAAGAAAAUGAAGUCAGACAUCCCUCUCAGGUACAACGGAGCUACAAGUCUAAAACCCUGGUGCCAAUUCAUAUUGAAGUGACCAGUGAUGAGCCACAGCGGUCACAUAUGGAUUUCUCAGACAGUGAUCAAGAUGGAGUGGUUUCUGACCUCAGUGACUUUAUCCAGAUAGAGGGGUCAUCCUUUUGUAGUGAAAGUGACUUUGAUCACUAUUCCUUCACAUCAUCUGAAAGCUUUUAUGGAUCGGGCCAUCACCACCACCACCACCACCACCAUCACAGGCAUCUCAUCAGCUCCUGCAAAGGGAGAUGCCCAGCGUCCUACACCCGCUUCACCACCAUGUUGAAACAUGAAAGGGCUAAACAAGAACCUGCUGAAGAUCCAAGGAGACAGGAGGCAGAAUCUGGCCUCUCCAAGAUAGCAUUCCUAGUCAGUCCAGUGCCUUUCCGAAGGAAAAAAAGUGCAGCCCCUAAAAAACAAACUGAAAAGACAAAACGCAAGUCAUCUGUAUUUGAAGCACUAGAUUCUGCACUUAAAGACAUCUGUGACCAAAUAAAAGCUGAAAAAAGAAGGGGAAGCUUGCCUGACAAUAGUAUAUUACACAGACUGAUUACUGAGCUGCUUCCAGACAUUCCAGAAAGGAAUUCAUCUCUUACAGCUCUGAAAAAGAGUCCCAUGCACCAGCCUUUUCAUCCACUGCCUCAAGAUGGUGCUACUCAUUGCCCACUUUACCAGAAUGAUUGUGGAAGAUUACCUCUUAGUGCCUCUCUCCAAGACAUGGACACAACUAACAACAAUAACCAAGAAAAUGAUAGUGCACUGUGUUUCCAAGACCAGGAAACUCCUGGAAACUAUUCUGCUUUCACCGAUGUGGGACAAUGUACUCCAAGGGACAGAAGAGGAGCUACAGAUAAAGAGAAACUGCCAGCUAGAGCUGUAUAUGACUUUAAAGCUCAAACUUCUAAAGAGCUGUCCUUUAAGAAAGGAGAUACUGUCUAUAUCCUCAGGAAAAUUGAUCAAAACUGGUAUGAAGGUGAGCACCAUGGAAGAGUUGGAAUAUUCCCAAUUUCUUAUGUUGAGAAGCUUUCUCCUCCAGAAAAAGCACAGCCUGCCAGGCCGCCUCCUCCUGCACAGAUUGGAGAGAUUGGAGAAGCUAUUGCCAAAUAUAAUUUCAGUGCAGACACAAAUGUGGAGUUAUCACUUAGAAAGGGAGACAGAGUCAUACUUCUUAAGCGGGUUGAUCAAAACUGGUAUGAAGGUAAAAUACCGGGAACCAACAGACAAGGCAUCUUCCCUGUUUCCUACGUAGAAGUUAUCAAAAAGAAUGCAUCAAAAAGUGCUGAUGACUACCCUGAUCCUCCUAUACCCCAAAGUUAUUCUAGUGACAGAAUACACAAUUUAAGUUCAACUAAGUUGCCUUUCCAAGCACUAUCCCCACCUCCCAGAUACCAUUUCUCCUCUUGGUCACCCAAUGAUCAAAAGACACUCCAGGAUGCCACUAGUGAUUCAUUUUCCAGGACGGAUGGUUUUUCACCUUCAAGCUUACGUAUCUUACCACCUCCACAAUUUCCAGACAGUUUUCUUUGUGACUUAGAAGAACUCAGUUCUUUGGCAUUAACAUCCCAAUCUUUAGCCAUCUCCCCAAAUAGUAGCAUUCAUCCAGUUAAGGGAAAUGAUUUUAUUCCAAAUACAGAGAUCUCUCUGAGCUCCACUACAGCUCUUCCUCAGUCUUUUCUCGUAUCUGCCUCCAACUCACCUUCAGCCAGUUCAUCUCAUGACUUAACAUAUAAGCAUGAAAGCAACAAUACUGAACUAAGAAAAUAUAAAGACUUGAGAACUGAGAAGCCAAGUACAUCUCUCAAGAUGCCUAGAGACUUGUCAGAUACUACCACAGAAGAUGAACAUGUUUUCUCUACCUGCAACAUCCCUUUGCUACAUAAGUGUAGUUCCAUCUCUGCCAUGCCAGAUGCAAAUGCUGAAAAUGAAGAUGAAAUCUGUACAGCAGAUCUGUCAAUUGACCUAGGAGAUCAGUCAGAGCCUCAAGAAUCAGAUUUCUACAGAGAAUCAGAAGACACAACAGAAGAACUGAUAAAACUCUAUAUAGAGGAGGAUCUGAUACAUGACGAUUUAGUGUUUCCUGUAGGAAGUAGAGGAGAUUCCAUAGUAUGUUGUGAAGGAUGCACCUCACCGAGUAUCUAUAAGACAGCUCUGCUUUCUACGAAAACAUCAGAAGAGUCUGAUACUCCUUUCCACCUUCAUUCAAAUCUACCAUUUCACUCUGCCAACACACCAGCUUCUCACUCUGUUCUUACAGCAUCCCACUCUGCUGCUUCCCUCUCACCUCCUCUUAUUUCUAAACUUUUACAUGAACAGGAGAAAGAUUCACUGAAGGCUAAUUUAAAGAGAGAGAUAUUUGUUAUGGGUAAACCUCCUCGUAGCCCUGUGAUGACUAAGAGAUCCUGCAGCUCCUCUGUCAGAGGUCACAGCUAUUCACACAGGCCACAGCGCCCUGUGCUUGCUCAUGAAAACAUACACAGUGGGGGGGAACCGUUUCAGGCUCUAUAUAACUAUACUCCUAGGAACGAAGAUGAAUUGGAGCUCAGAGAGGGUGAUGUCAUUGAUGUGAUGGAAAAAUGUGAUGAUGGAUGGUUUGUGGGAACUUCAAGAAGAACCAAAUUCUUUGGUACUUUCCCUGGAAACUAUGUCAAGAGGCUGUGAAUUUUUUUCAUUCUUAUUUAUGCUGCAUCUCUGCAACAUAUCUGCAUAAAGCUGCUAGAAAACAUGCUACGCUGGCCUUCUGUUUUCUCGCUUGCAGUCUCAAAUAGAGGCCAUCCAGUUCAUCCUCAUCCCAUCCCAUCUGCCAAACCGUUCCAGCAGUAUUACAGCAACGACUACCGUGUGAAUAACUAAGGUUUUCUGAAACAAGAGGAAUCCUCCCUACCUAUAAGUACUCCCUGCUUUUAACUCUUUUUAUUUGAAACACGAUAGGAAAAGCCUGAUGAGAGGUACCCAGAAGAAUUGCUACGGUGGUGGGGGGUGUAAGGAGAGGGAGAAAGCCUUCCUGUUUGGGACAUUUGUGGUACUAUCAUGAAGUGCGAUGGGAAAACAAAAUUUUUCAGCAUGCAUGUAUAACAGAGGGAAAGUUGCUGCUUACUAUUUAAGAAGAAAAAAAAAAAAACAACAAAAAAGGCGUUUUGAGUUUUCAUAUUCUUAUUAGCUUGGCAGCAUUUGUUGCUUUCACUUUGCUGUAUCACAGGUUUGCCUAUUGUACUGGUUUACAAUGACAAAUUAUAAUAUAGGUUUUUUGCCUGCACUUGUAUGUUGUAACUUAUGCACAGUGACUGUAAAAUCUCAAGCAAGUGUAGUGAAAAAUGGAAGAACUGCAAGUGUUCUGAUGGUGCAAUGUUAUUUGCUAAACCCUUUUUUCCCUAUUAAAGCUACAGCGUUUUCUCUUCAAAGGUAAGAAGUGCAAGAGGUGUAAAAACCUCAGGAAACAGGAUUUAAAGAAGAGACAGACAGUGAUAUAAGCACAGACAAUAACAACCUGCUGAUCAUAUGACAUUAAAUGGCUGUAAUCAAAAUGUUGUAAUAGUCAGCAGCAUGAAAUCUGAGAGGUUAGUGUUUUUAUGUACCACAGGCAUUUUAAGAAGCAGCAAGUAAACAGUGUUAGUGCAAAGGAUUGUUUUUCCUCUAACAUAGCCACCUGAAAAACAUUCACAAGUAUCAUGUACUGAUUUAUUUCACUAUACACACACACACGUAUAUAUAUACACAUGUAUGUUAACAAAAUCUGAGUUACACUUUUUUUUUUUUUAGGAAUUUAGUACAUUAAAAAAAAUCACAAGUAUUAAAAUCAAUACGUUUGAGAGGGUUUGGGUUGUUGUUGGUCUUUUUUUUUCCUGAAUGAAUCAAGUAUUUGAAAACAGAUAUUCUCCAUACGCAACCGUAAGCAUAAAUAGCAUACUAAAUUAAGGCACAGGAUGAUAAUGACUACGACUUCAUGAAAAAAAAAAAAAAAGAUUUUUUUUUUUU